AUGGUCAUUGAUUAUGCCAUCGAGGUUGCUUCUUGUGGAUUCCCACUCAGCCACAGACGGCUCAAGGACCAUGUCGACAGCAUUUGCCAUGCGCGGCUAGGAAGGAAGUUUCCCGCUUCUGGAGUAGGCAAAAACUGGACUAGCCGUUUCAUCAGUAAGCACUCUGAUCGGCUCAGCACCUACUGGACUCACAAUCUUGAUGAAAAACGGGGAUGA